UUAAUCGUCCGGAGCCGGCUCUCACAUAUAUAGUCUCUCUCCACAAAACUCAAAAACUUAACGAAAUUAGGGUUUCCAGAACCACGUAACCAAUCUAAAAGCUGCACUCAGAUCUAACCUCGCUUGUUCCCUUCGAUCUCCGACAAUGGCUUCUCAAAUGAGCAAAAAACGAAAGUUUGUGGCUGAUGGAGUGUUCUUUGCGGAGCUGAACGAAGUGUUGACACGCGAGCUAGCUGAGGAUGGAUACUCUGGGGUGGAGGUCAGGGUUACUCCGAUGAGGACCGAGAUCAUCAUCCGAGCCACUCGAACUCAAAACGUUCUUGGUGAGAAAGGUAGAAGGAUACGAGAGUUGACAUCGGUGGUACAGAAACGGUUCAAGUUUCCGGAGAACAGUGUAGAGUUGUACGCUGAGAAGGUGAACAAUAGGGGGCUUUGUGCUAUUGCUCAGGCUGAGUCACUUCGCUACAAGCUGCUCGGUGGUCUGGCUGUUCGAAGGGCCUGCUAUGGUGUCCUGAGAUUUGUCAUGGAGAGUGGGGCUAAGGGUUGCGAGGUCAUUGUUAGUGGGAAACUGAGGGCACAGCGUGCUAAAUCAAUGAAGUUCAAGGAUGGGUACAUGAUAUCCUCCGGUCAGCCGGUGAAUGAAUACAUUGACUCUGCUGUCAGACAUGUUCUUCUGAGACAGGGAGUGAUUGGUAUCAAGGUUAAGAUCAUGCUCGGUUGGGAUCCCAAGGGAAAGCAGGGCCCCACCACUCCCCUGCCUGAUCUUGUUACAAUUCAUACUCCCAAGGAGGAAGAAGAAUACAUCAGGCCAGCAAUGGUGGCAACUGAUAUUGAGGUCCCAGCCCUAGGAGAAAAUUUCCCAGUUCCAGUUCCAGUUAUGUAGAGCUGCUCUCUUUAAACCAGUUCCUAGUGCUAUAUAUCUUUUGGAUAUUUGGAUGCUUGUAAUAUUUUUUUUUUGACUAGUGGUUGGUAAUGGGGAAGACAUCUGAGAAAUUUUCAUCUAUAAUUUUCCUGUAUCUGUUUGAUUUCCAGUAAUGAAAUGAGAGUUGUUUUGACCGUGAA